CCUCUUUUUGAGUCGAUGAACGGACUUUGCUGUAAUGCGACCCUCCCGCCUGUGGGUGGCAGUAAAACAAAACAACACGACCUGACCGAGGUCAAUAGUUACUACUUCCGGCUGGGCGGGCAGAGCGUGUGUGCGUUUUUGUGCCGACAACCGAGCGACAAAACUCCGACGCAAUACGUUACACGCUUGCAACAAGUGCAAAUGAGUUUACCACUGAACCCCAAGCCCUUCCUGAACGGCCUGACGGGCAAGCCGGUGAUGGUGAAGCUCAAGUGGGGCAUGGAGUACAAAGGCUACCUGGUCUCCGUGGACGGCUACAUGAACAUGCAGCUGGCGAACACGGAAGAGUACGUGGACGGAGCGCUCGCGGGUCAUCUCGGGGAAGUCCUCAUCAGGUGCAACAAUGUUCUGUACAUCCGAGGUGUGGACGAAGAGGAGGAAGACGGAGAAAUGAGAGAAUGAGCCAACAAGGACCUGCCUGGGUGUGAUUUGUAGUCCAAAAGUGUGCUUGUGUUUUCACCAUGUGAAACGAAAUGAACGCUUGAUUUCUUUUUGUACCGUUUGUUGUUGUUGAGGCAAUAAAACUCAUUCUUAUGCUCUUUUUGAAAA